UGCGUGUCUGCGCGCGCUGCCGCACCUGUGCCGCCCGCUUCUCCCCGUGCGUCAGAACAUGGCAACUCUUUAAACCUUUCCCCCACACGGGAGGAGGCUGCAGACCGCCUCGAUCCUAUGAAGCGUUCACAGGUCUCUCCUGCUGCUGCUCUCCGGAUCGAACCACCGUAUUUACACCGUCAGCGCGGCUGCUACCGCACAGCGUCUCAUUUAAAAACUUCCGGUGUGAAUUUGACACCUGGGAAGAGUGGGACCAGAUAAUUACUGCUCCUUUCUCCCACCAGCGCGAUUUUAACAGAGAACUUCCAGAGGCAUCAUGCAAGUUUACAUAGCUGUGAUAUUCGCUUAUGGGGUGUCUGCACUCAAUACCACAGAGGAGAAGGGUACAUGCCCACUUGGAUAUUUUCCCUGUGGCAAUCUGACAGUUUGCCUCCCGCAGCUCCUGCACUGCAACGGCAUCGAUGACUGUGGAAACCAGGCAGACGAGGAGAACUGUGGAGACAAUAAUGGAUGGCCAAACCUUUUUGACAAAUAUUUUGGCAUGCUGAGUCAUAAUACCAGGACCAAGUCCAACGUGUGCUUGCUGGGUGUCGUUCCUGAGCUCUGCCAGUGCCGAGACCUGGAGCUGGACUGUGACAGCGCUCAGCUAAGAGAAAUCCCUGUAGUGGCGAUAAAUGUCACCGUGAUGUCCUUACAAAGAAACAGACUUCACAGGCUGAAAGCAAAAGGAUUCUUUAACUAUCAAAGCCUUCAGAAACUAUAUCUACAGCACAACAAUAUUCAAGAUGUGAAUCCUGAUGCAUUCAGGGGGCUUCAUAAUCUGACAAGACUGUACCUGAGUUACAACAAGAUAAUAGUAUUGAUGCCAGGAGUGUUCAAGGACCUGCACAAGCUGGAGUGGCUGAUCCUGGAAAACAACAAUAUCCAUCAGAUAUCUGCCAUGACAUUUUCAGGACUGAACUCCCUUGUUUUACUGGUUUUGUUGAACAACUCCCUGGCAAAGUUGGAUGACAUCUGCCAGGAAAUGCCCAGACUGAACUGGCUGGACUUGGAGGGAAAUCUAAUUGAAAAAAUUGGAAAUGCUUCUCUCCAUUCAUGCACCAUGUUGACAGUUCUGGUGUUGCAGCGAAACCGGAUCAGCUACAUACACGAACAAGCAUUCUCAGUCCUCCAAAAGCUCGGAGAAUUGGAUCUGUCCAACAACAGACUGGUGGCCAUACCUCCCAAUCUAUUUGUCUUACUGGAGGAUUUGCUCCAACUAAACAUAUCUUACAAUCCCAUCGUGGAGCUUCAACUGGAUCACUUUGACAAGUUACAUAAACUGAAGUCUUUGAGCAUAGAGGGAAUAGAAAUUGAUAACAUACAGCGAAGGAUGUUUGAACCUCUCAGAUACUUGACUCACAUCUAUUUCAAGAAGUUCCAGUACUGCGGCUAUGCCCCUCACGUGCGCAGCUGCAAGCCCAACACAGAUGGCAUCUCGUCUUUUGAGGACCUGCUGGCCAACAUCGUCCUGAGGGUUUUUGUCUGGGUUGUCUCUGCCACCACAUGCUUUGGCAACAUCUUUGUCAUCUGCAUGCGCUCGUAUAUCCGCUCCGAGAACAAACUCCACGCCAUGUGCAUCAUCUCCCUCUGCUGUGAGUCAAACUGCACUUUCAGGGGAACAGCAGUCAUUUGGGAGGGAGCGUUGUGCAAAGGGAGAGGGAUAUGGAGCCUUUUAAACUUCAGAGAGUACAAAGUGUCACUUGAAGUUUCUGCCUGAAUUUUUAUUUAUUUAUUUUUAUUCUGACUGUAUUUCUUUGCUAUAAUGCAUAGUCAUGUUUCAUUAUGUUUCUCUGGUAUAAAAUAUUUAAUAAGUCUCUCAGGGUUUAUUAUGAAUUAUAUCAAGUUUAUGCAAAGCAUCAAUAUUUUUGCAGUGACUACUCAUUCUGUGUUAAUAUGUGUGUAAUGCAGCCUGACACACUUUUACUUCCUAGAGUUUGUUUUUUGGUUGACCUGCCCAGAGGUUCUGGAUGGAGUUAAGACUUAAAUUUCCUACCAGUGAACCCAAGAUGUUUGUAUUAGGGCCAGGACUAUUAAUUAAUUUCAGAAACUCAACGUGUUAAAAAAUUUCAUGCAAUUAUAUGGACAGCAAACAUUACCUUGUGGGAACCAGAGGUGGACAGUGAAGAAUGAUUUCUUGUACCACUGCAGUCCAAUACUAAACUUUUUCUGCUCACAUUUAUUCUAAAUGACAUUGAUGCCACAGUUGCGCAUUCAUUUGAUCAUUCUCCAUAACAAACCAGAAACAGUGAAAUUAAAUAAACACUACAGUACAGAUAAAAGAAAUCAAA